AUGCUUUCGUCAAUUCAGUACGCGUUUGCGAGUGCCUCACUUCUUUCGGGAGUUUUUGCCCUGCCAGCACCAGUACCGGCCUCGGGAACUCUUAGUGAGCCUUCUUUGGCCUUCGCCAGCGCAACAGGAACCGCCACAGGCUCGUACGGCAAUGCUGCAACUCUUGUAGCCCAGAGCUUCCCAGACCUCAGCGCCGCCGACCUCAAACAGGUCGAGCUUCUUGCGCACGGCACUGAACCUAACAGCCCACCUCCGCCAACGCUAUCACAACAAGGUGGUGUGAACUUACAGUUCAUUGAGUUCAACGAAAACUUCGAGGUCGCCUUCUUCUCGUCCUUUAUCAACAACAUCACGAGCAACGUCCCCGGAUUUGAGGUCGAAGAUCCUGCUGAGAAGGACUUCAUUGUCAAUGCCCUGACCGCUCACCUAAACCAGGAAAUCGAGCACGCUUUCAAUGCUCGAUCAGCCCUCAAGGCAUUUGGCAGAACUGUGAUCAAUCCAUGCAAGUAUAAAUUCCCAACCACCAACGGAGAGGAUGCAACCAAACUCGCGAAGACCUUCACCGAUGUUACCCUGGGCACUCUCCAAGACGUGAUUGUCAUCUUCUCCAACAACGGUGACAAUGCCUUGACUGGUCUUGUUGCUUCGGUCGUUGGUCAAGAGGGCGAGCAGAAUGGAUUUUACCGUAUUCUGGAGAACGACAACCUAGUUCCAGCUGCUCUACCCUUCCUGACUGCUUCCACUCGCGAUUUCGCAUUCACGGCUCUCCAGGCAUUCAUUGACGGCCCAUGCCCAGCUACCGACAUCCUUAAGGCCGAUGGUCUCAAGCUUUUCGGAACCCUCAACCUCCUGACUUCCAACAUUGAGCCAAAGGACCAAGAACUGCAGUUCUCGUUCGACAUUGCAUCUCUGAAGAACAGCGCCAACCUCGACUUCCAGACCCUCAUCUCCAAAGCGCCAAGCAAUUACGCAUCGCAGUACCAAGGCUGGAGUUCGGGUAACUACGGCAAUAUGGGCAGCUUCAACUGGGCUAACAGCGGCCUUUUCCUAACCUAUAUCAAUCAACAGAACCUGCCCAUCUCUGUCCCUAUCGAGAAUGCAAAGUUGAGCGGAUCUGUUGUCACUUUCAAUGCCAAUUUCCCUUUUACAGAGAAUCUUCUCAACUCGCUGACAAUUGCUGCUGUCACAAUCGGUCAGAACUUCACCAGCGCCAACGAUGUUGCUGCACACGCUCUGUUUGCACCGGCUCUGAUUGAAGUUAACUGA